AUUAUUUUCUUAAGAGUGAAAAAAUAGAGCACGAUAGAAUUAAUUAGUCUAAUUAUGGAUACUGCGUCCGAAAGUGCAGUGAUCCUUCGAAACAAUUCAAGAAGCAUUAGAAGAUGGCGUCCUGGUUCCCUUAUGAAUUUAAUGUCAAAAAACAACAAAAGUGACUCAGUUUUGCAAUCUUUAAAUACUGAUAAGGAAAAGUUCGGAAAGAAAUUUAUGAGAUCUAAAUCUCUAAAUAGCCAAUGGAGCACUGUUGUGACAAUCGUUCUGAUCGAAGCCAAAAAUAUUUCCACGUUAAUCGAUGAUGGAACACCUCGUAGUCUUUAUUGUAAAUUAAGAUUGGGAUUAGAGACAUAUAAAUCGAAAAGCUCUCCAAACAUAGAGCAUCCGGAAUGGCGGGAAACGUUAAAAAUGCAUCUGUACCACGACCAUUUAUUACAUAUCUCAUUACUGGACCGCGGUAAACAGAAGAAUUCUUUUGGCAGUUGUGUAUUAGAUUUAUCCAAUUUGGAAAAGGAAAGAACUCAUGAGCUUUGGAUGGAGUUAGACGAUGGACCGGGGAAAGUUCAUUUGUCCAUAACAAUGUGUACUGUGCGCUCUGUGGAGGGACCUAGUGAAUGUAUGUGUAACUUCAACAGUUAUAAAGAUAAAUAUAAAUUUUCCCAUAUAGACACAGAUUUAAACGAAAUAGGAGUGCUACAUGUAAAAGUCAUCGGAGCUCGAGGGUUGGGUUCUAAACCUAGUGCCUAUUGCACGCUACAGCUAGAUAAUCAAAAGGUGCAGACACACAAAGCUGGCACCAAUGUGGAAAUUGUAUGGAAUAGGUGUUAUAUAUUCAAAGUGCAAGACGUAACAUCAACCCUAGACCUCAAAGUGUACGAGAGUUCAAUAGCCAAUGCGCUCCUCAACGAGCCCUUAGGCAAGGUCUCGAUCCCUUUGUUGCGAGUUUCGAACGAGAAACGAUGGUACGCGCUAAAGGAUCGAAAUAAACGGAAUAGUGCUAGAGGCCACUUCCCUAGGGUGUUGUUGCAAAUGGAUCUAGUGUUUCAUCCUGUGAAAGCGACGAUAAAACUGUUCCAACCCAAAGAAGAAAAACACAUAAAGAAGGGCAUAAAAUUUGAUAUAGCGCUCCUUUAUAGCAACGUUGUGUUCGUGUCCAAUGUGUUCAACGCGCUGAGCGAUGUCAAUGAGUUUUAUAAGCGGGUUUUCGAAUGGGACGACCAAGAAUUUUCCUUCCUUGUACUUUUGGGCUGGAUGAUAUUCUGCUAUUAUAUACAAAUUUGGCUUAUACCGCUUUUACUAUUGCUGCCUUUUGCGUGGCAUUGGCUCUGGAAUCGACAUCAAGGAAAUUUGGCUGCGGCCCGUGAAAUCAUAUCAGAGGAUGAUGUCGAUGCUAAUAAUAAUAAUGUUAAGGCACAGGACGAAAGCGACAAAGGUCUGAUUAGUCGGUUGAAAAUCAACGAGCUUCAACAUGUGACUAUCACAGUCACUAGCGGCAUUGAGAUGAUCGCUUCGUAUGCUGAAAGGGCUUACAAUUUAAUAAGUUUCAAAGUGCCAUUCAUAAGUUACGUAACAAUGAUUCUUCUAAUUAUCGCCUCAAUCGGACUCUACAUAAUACCAUUCAACUAUAUCAUGAUGUCAUUUGGGAUACUUAAAUUCACAAGGAAAUAUUUAAACCCAAAUCGAGUGUUAAAUAAUGAUUUAUUGGACUUCUUCUCAAGAAUACCAGACGAUGCGAUAUUGAAAGAUUGGAAGGAAUUACACGUACCAAAACCUAAAGAAGAAGUGAAUACUAAGUAUCUGGCAAGAUCCGUCAGCACCUCAAUUUGAGGCAAAGCACAGGCGUACUAUGAUAUUCAUACAUUUUAUAUAAAUACAGUUAUAUUACCUA